CCAUUAUCAUUGCCCUAAACCAAGACCAAAUUUGGGGUUUCCAUAAUCCAUCUACAGUGCUUUCAAACAGUGCUCCAUCUCCACCAUGCAUAUUAUCCCCUCUAUGGAAGAGCAUUUCAAAACCCAAUAUUUCUAGUGCUAAGAUAUUGGGAAAACGGCUUAAAAAUAUCCCCUUUGAUAUCUUCUGCUACUAUAUUUAGUCCUUUAUAAAAUAGACACAGACCCAGUGUCUUUGGCAAGCUUAUUUGCUUAUAUAACUAGUUACAUGUAAUAUGUGUGUGUGCGUGUUUGCGUGCGUGCGUGUGUGUGUGUGUGUGUGUGUGUGUGUGUGUGUGUGUGUGUGUGUGUGUAUUUUUGGGGUUGUGAGAAGACAAAACAAAGUGUGCCAAAUGGCUUUCCCAAAGGAGAAAGAAAGACAAGAGUAGAGAGAGAAAAAUAUCUCCAAUGACGUUUUGGUUUUUAUAUUUUUGCAUUAUAGCAUGGCCUACUGAACCCCAUCUAUUGAUCUUAUGUCUCGCCAAAUGAAAAAACAAAAAAGGUAUACUAGUAGUAGUAGUAGUAGUAGUAUCAUCUAUUUAUUAAGUAUCCAUACAUAUAUGCUUUCUUAUUCCUUCUUUGAACUUGGUGUCUCUCACUCUCAAAUCUCAUUCUCUCCGCUAAAAGAACCACGCUGAGCUUUUUCCGUCUUAAGAUCCUUUAUCAUUUGUGACAAAACUUACCCAGUAGCCAGUUUUUCAUUCCUCUAAUCUGUCUUUGAUAUUUUUCGACCUGCAUUUUAAGUACCCAUCUGGACAUAUUUUGGAGAAUACCCUUUUUUAUUUUUUUAUAUUAUUAUUAUUGUUAUUAUUAUUAUUUUUACUCCAUAAUCUGCAAAUCCAUUUGGCUUUAGACCUUCCCAAGUAAAACCCAGAUCGAAAUUUGUUUUUCUUUAAUUAACAAAAACAAAUAAUGAAUCCUCAAGUUCAAGUGAAGCAAGAGUUUCCAGGAGCAAGUUCAUCAUCCUAUUCAGGGAAGCCAUCUGUGGUUCCUCAGCCAAUGGAAGGACUUCAUGACUCAGGUCCUCCACCAUUUCUCAACAAGACUUAUGACAUAGUUGAAGACCCUUCUACAAAUCAUAUAAUUUCUUGGAGUAGAGGUAAUAAUAGCUUUGUUGUUUGGGAUCCCCAAAACUUUGCUAUGAGCCUUCUACCCAGAUACUUCAAGCACAAUAAUUUCUCAAGCUUUGUCAGGCAGCUCAACACUUAUGGAUUUAGAAAAGUUGAUCCUGAUAAAUGGGAAUUUGCUAAUGAGGGUUUUCUCAAAGGGCAAAAGCACCUUUUAAAGAAUAUCAGGAGGAGGAAGACCAGUACUCAGCCUCAGGCUUCACAGCAACCUUUGGAUCCUUGUGUUGAAGUUGGAAGAUUUGGAUUGGAUGGAGAAGUUGAACGUUUGAGGCGUGACAAACAGGUUCUAAUGGUGGAAUUAGUGAAACUUAGACAGCAACAGCAAAAUACUAGAACUUAUAUCCAAUCAAUGGAGGAUAGAUUAAAGAGGACUGAACUAAAACAACAACAUAUGAUGAAUUUCUUAGCUAGAGCAAUGCAGAAUCCAAACUUUGUUCAACAAUUACUUCAACAGAAGGACAAACGGAAAGAACUUGAGGAAGCAAUUACUAAAAAGAGAAGGAGAACUAUUGAGCAAGGUCCUAGUAAUGUUGUUGAAGCUGAUGAUUUAGGACAAGCUGGAGGAGGAGCUUUUGUAACAAUGGGAACCAAUGAUUACGGUCACAUACCUGAGUUUCAAGUUCCAGAGGUGGAAGAUAUUGCCAUUGACAUCCCAGGUAUAGGUGGAAGCCAAAAGAAUGGAGAGGAAGAAGUAUUAUUAGUGCAACAUGAAAGUAGAAGUAAAUACAUUGACGAUGGUUUCUGGCUAAAUCUUUUGAAUGAAGCUACUGAAGAAAAGACUGAUAUUGUGGGUGUUGAACAUGAAGAUGAGGAAGAUGUAGAUGCUUUGGUUGAGCAGCUUGGUUACUUGGCCUCUAGUCCCAAGUGAAGCAUCCGAGCUUGUUACCACAUUGCUUUCAUCAAGGGGAUAGCUGGGGUAGGAUCUGACUGGUCUAAUUAAUUUCUUGUGUUUUUUUUCCUACUUUGAUGCGGAAUUUCCAUCCUUUCAGUUUUCAAAUUAUUAUUAUUAUUAUUUUUUGGAUAUCACCAAAAGAAUUAAAUGCUGAUGAUACAUUAACAUUGUGAUUUGAACCACUGGAUUAAAUACAAAAACUAAAUUGCAUGAUGUCA